UGAGAAAAAGCGCCAAAAUAUGCAAACCCGUGGGUGAGGGCUACUUUCACUUUACUGAACGAAAACAUUAACAUAAAGAUGGGACGCUGUACGACAUGGAAAUACUUUGAAGAGGCAGUUCCUCCAAGAUGUCAUCGGAUAACAAUAAUGAUGAUGAUAUGAACUCGGAUCAAAGUGGGCUAAAUGUAGAGACUCUUCCUAUUAAUACCUUGUCCGUAUUACCACAGAGUUUUAGUGACGAUACUGGUUUGAUUAUCAGUGAUCCGAGUACAGAUGAAGCUCCUCCUGCUAAACGUAUAAAGACAGAGUCUCCACAUGAUCAUCUUAGUCCUGAUCAGUCAAUCAAACAACUUUUGUUCACAAUAAACAAAGCUAUUUGUAUGAGAUUAGAUGGUAUAGAGAACAGUAUAGAGAUACUCAAUGGUAGAACUAAAUAUUUGGAGGAACGUAUGGAUGAACUGGUUGACAAUGUAAAAAAUGUUCCUGGAUCCAGUACCAGUCAAAUUUCCCCUAAUCCAUCCAAGAAAGGAGCAGGGGCUGUAAUAGUUGGUUUACCACAGAAUGGAAGUCAGACAGCUCAGAAUGUUGAUGCCAUGCAGAACAUGGGACUAGGACCUAAUGUCACACUUAUUACUCUCAACUCAGAAGAUGAUUUCCCAAAUGGUACAUGGCUUGGAGAUGAAACUAAUCCAGAAAUGAGAGUCAGAGUGCCUAUUACUCCUAGUGAUAUAUUACAUGUACAUUCCAAUUGUCGGACAGCAGAAAAGAUGGCGCUAACUAUGUUAGAUUAUUUGUUUGACCGGGAAACACAGGCUUCUUCUAAUUUAUCUGGUAUGGGAAAGCAUGGAAAAAAGCAGUUAGACCCUCUCAUGAUAUAUGGUAUUAGAUGUCAUUUGAUACACAGAUUUCAAAUCUCGGAAGCUGAUUGGCAUAGAAUUAAACAGAACAUGGAUUCUAAAUGUAGAACAGCAUUUAGAAGAAAGCAGCGAGGGAUGCCAUUAACUGUCAAAGCUUUUCGUGGAAAAUCUGUUCCUAAUUUUAUAGGACCAGGAGGGACAUCUGAUUUAUCAAUCAGUGAUGAUGACUCAUUACAAGACUCAGAACUUCAUAUACAUCAGGGUGACCAGGGUGAAAGUAUAAAGCAAGCUUUAACCAUGCAAAAUAUAGACAGUAGUAUAAAACAGGCCUUGUCAAUGCAUGGGGACGGACUACCUCAGGGAGAAAUACAGAUUCUACAUGCCACUCCUGAACAAAUCUCACAGCUUCAACAAGCACAGCAUAUACAAAUACUACAGGGAGAUCAAAUUAUACAGUUACCUUUACCUAUAUCUCAAGCAGAUGGAACAGAGGGUUUACAAGUUGUGAAUUCUGUUGGGGACCACAGUGAUAAUCUUCAAGUUCACACCGUUACGACAGACAGCGGUGAAGUGUUACAUAUACAACAAACAGAUCACACAACAGAUUGAUGAUGUGUGUAAUAAUCAUAAAGUGCCUGAUAGCAAUGUUUUUGGACUGCACAAUAUUAGAAUUGAUUUAUGCAAAUUUGUAUUUAGAUAUGUUCAUGUUUGUUGGCGUGUUUAGCAAUAUAAACAAAAUAUAGUUUAUAAGAGUGGGAAAUAAGUGAAUAAUCUGUUAUUUUUUCUCAUCACUUGGCGCACAUCAAGUCGUCGUCUGUUAACUUUUACAAACAUCUUCUCUGAAACUAAUGGGCCAAAUUUAACCAAACUUGACCAAAAUCAUUAUUGGGGUAUCUAGUUUUACUAGUUUUGUUCUUCUAAAAAUCUUUUCUUAUGUAGAAAUUGAGUCAUUAAGAUAUGAAUAAAAGGAGAUGUGUGUUAUACAUCAAUGAGACUGCAAUUAAACAACACAGAAAAUACCAAAGUCAUAAAGAGGUCAACAUACCAUCUUCAAAUAUCAGAGACUUUCAAAGACAAGCCAUCAAGACAAAAUUCACUGUUUCAGAUUCUAAAGGACUAUUGGUCAUUUUAUUGUUCUCACCCUAACAUUAGGAUGAUAUCAUGUUAUUAGUUGAAUUUCUAUUGUUAAUGACGUUUUAAGCAAUCAAAUGUUUUGGAGUUCCCUCUGAAAAUAUUACCCAGAAUGCAUUAGAUUCUGAAAGAGUGAAUUCAGUAAAGAUUAGUUAACUGCUAUUUGCUUAAUGUCCAAUGGUAUUCACUUAAAGAUAAAAACUGUUAAAUAUAAAUAAAGAAAACCAAUGAGAAGUUUAUUGAAUUGGGGCCACUCAUAAACAUAUGGCUGGAGUUAAUCAUGUUUUUUUUUAAAAACAGUCAACCUUUUUUUUCCUAAUUUUGAUUGAGUUUCAACUUUAUGUAAAUAGAGGAACAAAUAUAAAAAUAUUUUAAGAAAAAGCACUCUAAAUUAUUUACAUUCAUAUUAUGAACGGCAAAAACCAGGCACAAGUGAAAAAAUGGUGGAUCAAAGAAGGCCCAAAGUUACUGAAAAAAGCUCAAAAGUUCUAAAACUGCUGAUAAUGAAAUAAUGCAAUCCUACACUUUACUAUUGACAACUUCAAGUAAAUGACUAACAGGGAGGUAAAACACAAUCUUGUGCAAUGCCUAAAAUUUGUACAGAAUCAUAUUACAGAAAAGAGAACAAGUAUUUAACUACAUGUUUCUUCUUUUUAGGCUAUCCAUCCUUUGCCCACAAAUUGUCCUUUACAAACCUCAAUAACUACCAUCCACCUUCAAUGUAGUGCCAAUAUUUUAUUCUAUUCCAUAGAUGUUAUUAAAACUUAAAUUUUGAUAUAAGGACACACACAUUGAAUCAUACUGUGAUAACUCAUCUGGCAAAAUCACUUUCCUUCUAUGACACUUAGUUUUGUUUUGAUUGUAUCAAAUGUUAGAUAAGUACUUUUAUUUUGUCAUGAAUAAACAUGUAGCUCAAUAAUUCAUUUUACCUUUUCAUAAUUAUGUCACUUUUUACAUUGAAAUACUGUGAAGGUAUCACUUGACCUUUAGCUAUCUUUUCAUAAAUUUACAUGCAAUACUGUGAGUCUAUAUAUCUCUUAAACUGAAAUAAGCAGUUGUUAUACAGGUUUUGGGUAAAAUCAGUCUAAGGAUUGUUGGUUAGAAUUAUUCUAAAUUCUUUCACUUCUUAUUCUUUAGUUAAGUUUACUUAUUUGUCUUGAUAUUAAUCUUUUGGCCUUUAGCUUAUGCCUGUCUUACCUGGCACAGGGUUUAUUUUACCCUGGCCCUUUUUUAUGGUUCAUUGGUCAACAUUAAGUUUUUUUAGUAAGUUUUGUUUUUAGAUACUACAUGUAUAAGCAAUAGGUCAGUUGUAUUUGGAGUAUUGAAUGAUUUUAGGGUGGAAAUGUAUGUCUAACAGGGUUAAUCUGACGCUUACCUCAUUUUCAUGGUUUGUUAGCCAAUGUUCUCAUGAUAGGUUAGUUUUCCGAUUCUAUAAGCAAUAGGUCAACUAUAUUUGUUGUAUAGAAUGAUAGUACCGUGUACAUGUCUGUCUUUCAAGGUUCCACUGACCUUUACCUCAUUUUCAUGGUUAAUUGGUCAACCACAAAUUUAUAUGUUCAAUAAUCACAACUUUUUUCUCAACGAAGGAAACUGGUAUCCACAAGCAAUAGUUUAGCUAUACUUGGUAUGAUUGUAAGGUGUAUAUGUUCUGUCUGGCAGGGUUAAUCUGACUUUGAUCUCAAUGUCAUUUAUCAUUGAUAAUGUUAAGUUUAUGUGAUACCUGUAGCGAAAACUUUAUCAGAAGACUUAAAAUACAAUUAUGGACAAUAAAGCAGAGAGGAUACUUUAGCAUGUGUACUCUUGUUCAGACAUAAAUAUUACUAAGAAAGUACAUUUUUGUGUGUCCACACUUUCAUUUCAUGUGUGUUAGUGAUGACUAGCUGCACUCUUAUAUACAUGUGUUUACCUGUUACAUUUGUUAUGUUAUGUGGAUGUUGAAAAUUAAAGUUUAUAUUUAACUUAUAAUCUAUGAUGAUUAUUGCAUAAUAAAGAUUUGA